CUAGCAACCAGUUAUUACCCGCGUUUUUCUUGGAUGGAAAUAGCAGUGUGCUAUAAAAUAAACUGUGAGCGUCCCUCAAUCAUGCUAAUGGGAAAUAACAGGCUCAGUGGAACUCAGCCUUUAAUGUGAAUCGGUUUUUCGACCUAAGCCUGACAUGACAUAUCUCGGUAGGUGUGUUAUUUUUCUUUGACCGAGUGUAAGAUUGGCUAUAAAGACCUAUGCGUGUGAGGACUGUAGAAUAAACCACUAUACAUGUGAGUAGUGACUAAAGCUCACCUGUGCUGAGAGGAAGCGAUUUCGUAUUAGCGGCAAGUACCGCUUGGACGGGGUGUGUGAGCUGGCAAUGGCAACCGGUGAUAGUGACGAGCCACCGCGGCUUAAUACGGAGUUUGAUGCAAUACGGACCGACAUCAAUGCUCUUUUAACUUCAAUUGCUGCGCUUACUCGUCAAAUCACUCAGGUUGGGAAGCAAAGACCGAUCCAGAGAUCAUUGUGUGCAACACUACGGGAUGAGGCCCAUUGGAAAUGCCUCAUACUCUCAGUGCUUAUGUACGGUAGCCUGACGGUGGUCUUAUGGUGUGAGUUGACCACGGUGGAAGUAGUGGCUUAUACCUAUCACAACAGCCCCGUCACUGUCUUAGACAGCCCGUGUGAAGAUGGCUACAUGUACAUCCCCGUUGCUUUCCUUGUCUUACUGUAUCUUGUCUACUUACUGGAAUGCUGGUACAGUGAAAUCCGCAUUGAGAUCUACUACAGAGAGGAUACCCGUGCGGUGUACGAACGAGUGCGACGAAUACGCGAGUCUUUCCCGGUAGUAUGGUGGCGUGCUAUCUCCUACCACUACAACAGACAUACGAGACAGGUUACUAGAUACCGACAUGGGGAUACCUACACCACCACGCAGGAGUACUACGAGAGGAUCAACACUCAUUCUGCUGCCAGUGCGUUCGACUUCUCAGAGUGUGGUGUCAAGGAUGUCUCUAAGCAACUCAUUGACCUUGAGGAGUUCCCCAUGACUAGGGUGAGCUUCUCUAAGAACUUCAUGUUCCUGAAUGAGGAAUCUGAGUACGACUACCUCUCACAGAGGGCCCGGUUCUUCGGGGAGAGCGACGGUAGAGACGAGAACAUGGAGACCCGAGAGGGCCUGACAUUGACGGACGUUGAAUUCACCGAUGACAUGAUCUCCUAUGCCUGUUCUAAUAAGCUUCCUUGGUAUUUUUCAAUGUCCGUUUUCUGGGCCAUGUCUUUCAUCCUACUCUCCUGGCCAUUCAGGAUCCUAGUGUCUUACAAAACAGCCAUAGUGGAUUAUCAGAUAGAGAAGCUCUUCGGAACCAACUAUUCCGGCGGCAUGCUCUCCAUGGAACACUGGAACGGCGAUACUAUGCAUUUAACACGGGUAAACACUGUAGGGAGUAAUUGCAGCCUGGAGUCUAUGAUACGCGGGAAUCGCCAUGUUGUUCCCAGUUACUCCGAAGCGAUCCUGAUGGAUCUCUCGAACGGGAACACUCCCCGAUCCGGUCAAACUCCCAACGGAUCCCUCGCCGAAUCCAGAGCUCGGAACGUCGGCGGGAGCGAUGGGUUUCUCGCAAACGGAAACAGCAGUAGGAUUACCACCGGUUCUAGAAGGAGCAACACCCGACGGCUGUUUUCUUUCACGAAUGCAAAACGAUCCUCUACCGCACCGCUGCACGGUAGUGGAGUGCUUAACGCUCGCGGUAGCCCCUCGUACCGUGCUAUCGGUGCUUCGGCACACUUCUUGAUCACGAAGGACCGUCUGAAGGGGACAUCAAACGGCCGUGCGUCUCCUAUUAGCAUUCAACUCACACCGACUGUUAAUGGAAUUGGUGCCAUACAACUUACACCCAUUCCACAGAAGAAGAAUGAACAACGUACCCGAACGGGCGCUGGAGUGAACUCCAAAACAGGAUCACCAAGACAUGAACCAAAACCAAAAACCAAAACUUCAGCCGCGGAAAUGCAGGCACGAAAGACAAAGAAAAGACCCAAUUCCUUACCCAUAUCUUUUGGUACCCCGGACAACUUCGAUGAGAAUAGUGCAACAAAUCAAUGCAUGCAAACUUGGGCCGUUGUCGACGGACAGCAGCGAGUACGGACGGUCAUUCGACCCCAGGAAGAGCCCCAAAGUGCCGGGGAGAAUCCACCCCAAGCACGGCAGCUACCACCGAUGCCCGAAGGGUCGCCACCGGCUUACGAAGUGGCGUUAGAAAUGGCUGUACCACGACCCGAGGAGCGGAGGAUACCGGAGUCCGAGAGCCAGACUAACGUAAACAUGGAGACGUCACUCUGACGUCACAGCUGACGUCACUAUGACGUCACUCUGACGUCAAAACGGAACAUAAUGUCGACAUGUCUUUAUAAUGAGUGCUUCCAUUGACUCUUAAAAUGGAAACAAAAGGACUUUGGACAAGAAAAAACUGUAACAUACUCUCUACUAAACUUCCUUCCUUUUUUAUACAUGGACAUUGUAGAAGAAAAACAUAUAGACCUAUAUAAAUAAUAGCACACACCAACACAAUAUCUUCAUGACACAAUCGUAUAUGUUUUUUCAAAAAUUGGUUUUGUACACGAAAGCGAAGCGAGAAAGUCCUCGCUCAGUAAAAACACCGGGGUCCCUUUUGUUGAAGUCCUCGGUUUAAAGGCAUGGACACCUUUGGUAAUUCAAAGACCAGUAUUCUCACUGUUGUAUCCCAACAAACUAUGAACAUU